UACACAUUCCCGGAUUCGCGCUAGCAACCACAAACGAAAGCGAGAAAAAUGCAGCAAGACGCAGCUGCCAAAAAUGCGAUUCCGAUCACGAUCCAGCCGAAAAAUGUCUACGGGCUUCGAACCUCCGUUCAAGGGAACAUCCACUUCAGCCAGAAGCAGGAGGUGAUCUACCCGGUUGAGGGCGUGCUGUGCUUCCACGAUUACAUUACCAACAAGCAGAAGUUCUUGAGAUUCCCGGAAAAUGUGACGCCUCAAAUAAUAGCCAUGAGCCCGAAUCGCAAGUUGCUGGCUGUUCUGGAACGAAUGGAGACUGAAACUAAGGACACGUUAUCAGUGGCUGUGUACGAUACCCAGACUUUAAAAAAGCGUCGUACAGUCCCGACACCCACGACAGCCAAACCAAUUCAAAUAACCGCAAUUUCAUUCACUGGGGAUUCCCGGGCCCUAGUCAUGCUCUCCAAACCACCGGAGGAGACUAUUUUUCUGUGCCUGUUCGAUAAAGCGGAUACUGUGCUCUCAGCGAGAGUAGCCAACACGAAUCUUCGGGGCGAAGUUCAAUGUUUCGCUUGCAAUGUAAGCGAGCCAAAUUCCUUGGCAGUUGGCGGAGAGAAUGUCUUUAAAAUCCUUUCCAAAAAUGAGAAAGGAUUCACUAUAAAUUCCGUAAAAUGCGACUAUGACGUAAUAACGUCGCUUGCUUGGGUAUCGCUGGAUAUCCUUGUGGCUGGAACGCAAAAAGCCGAGUUGAUAUUCGUCGAAGCUGGCGAGGCGAAGCAACGUUACAACGCCUACAACACGGAUCGUAUCGACAUUUCCCACAUUGAGGAGGUUGAAGAAGUCUUGGAUCAAUCUACCGUUUCCUUCAAUAAACCGAUUGAACACUAUUUGGAAAAGAUCGAUGAACGAGUGGUUUGUUUGACGGCAUUCCCGCGGGGAUUCGCCUAUGCCGUUUUCAAGACUGUCUAUGUAUACCAAGCCGGUGAAUCGAAAUUCAAAUUCGAACGAAAGACCAUCUUGAAAAUUGAGCCACAACUGUUCCCAGAGCCGCUCUUUCAAAUCACAAAUCUGGCAGUGAACAGCCAACAGGACACAAUUCUUGUAACCACUCGACAUUCACAGAUUUACGCAGGUCCGUUGUUUGUACCGGAAACACUCAGUGCGAAGGAGCUGGACUUUGAACCCUUAGGGGAGCCUUUGCACAUAGAUGCAAUUGUGGAUGUAUCGAUAUGCGCCUGGAAACCAAUAAUCAUGACCGCCUCAAAGGAUCAGACGAUCCGCAUUUGGAACUAUGAAACGGAGAAGAUUGAGCUUGUGAAGAAAUAUCAAGUGGACGUCGCAGUGGUUGAGCUACAUCCAACUGGUCUUUUAGCUGCUGCAGGAUUUUCGGAUCAGCUUCGACUCAUGGCUAUUUUACUGGAUGAUUUACAGAUUCUAAAAACAUACAACUUUCCACGAUGUCAUGACGCUGUGUUUUCCCAUUUUGGUCAUAAAAUGGCUGCUGCAUACAACAAUCUGAUUGCAGUGAUUUCAGUAUUCACUUUCGACACUCUGCACACUCUUAAAGGACAUAACGAAUCGAUUCUAUCGUUAGCCUUCAGCGCUGAUGACCGCUACCUAUUUUCGGGUGGAGAAGAUGGUGCCGUCUACCAAUGGGACAUGGAAACAGGCGAGAGAGUACAUGAAGUUGUUCAGAAGGGUAUAUCCUACACGUCCUUGAUAGCCUCAACGGACCCAUCUUUUGUAUACGCCGUCACUGACUCCGGGGUGCUACGUGAAAUUAACGACUCACAAAUCCAUAGAGAAGUGAAACCUCCGAAUUUUGAGGCCUCUUUGCAAUGUAUCACGCUUUCACGAUCGAACCUUGUAAUGUUCAUGGGCUCGAAUCAAGGACAUGUCUUCAAUGUGCAAUUACCUUUCAUGGAAGCAGGAGGAGGAACAUGUUUCAACUAUCGUUUCUUCCAUGGAGGCAUAACUAAAAUGAAGAUUUCUUAUGACGACACCUUGCUUGUUACUGCCUCCACUCAGGGAACCCUAGCGAUCUGGGUUAUUCUGAACAAUGAAAAUAGGAUUGCCCCACUCGAUCAGGAUUUGGGCAAAUGUGCUGAAGUGUUGAUUUCCCGAAAGAUGCUCAUUGAUCGGUUGAAUACAAUCCAAUCUUUAGAGCUACGGAUGCAGCAACAAGCGGACGAAUUCACCUACCAGAAGAGACAGGGCGACAAAUUCCAUAGCGAAACAGUUGCCGAAAUACACAAAGGAUACUUGGCAGGUAUUGAGGAGCUCAAGUAUAAGAUCGAUUGCAUGGAAAAUGCCCAUGUGGAGCAACUGAACCUCAUCACGUCCAAGAUGGCUCAGAGCAAGGAAGAGCAUCAACAAGCUCUGCAGGACCUUGAAAGCAAGUACCACGAGAAAAUUAUAAUUGAAUAUGAGAAAUCGGCAAGUAUUCGUAAAACAAUGGAUGAAAUGCGCGAAGACUACGAGAAUAAGUUGAGAAAAUCAGCGGGAUGCCUUCAGGAUACCAUUGAAGCUUUAGAGACAGAUUUCAAAAGGCAACUACAGGAGCGACAAGGUUUCAUACGCCAACUAAUGCAAGAGAUGGAGGAUAAAAAAACGGAAUUCGUGGAAUAUUGUCGUCAGGUGGAGAUCGACAAUGAUCGUAACAUGGUCGACUCGCAGCUGGUGUAUGAGAAGAAAUUGAAAACUGAACAGGAAUCUACCUUGAAGUGGCGUGGUCAAGCCGGGGUAUUGAAGAAGAAACACGAUACCUUGACCAGGGAAAAUGAGGAGCUUCGCGAAGAGAUUGAUACCCUUAAAGAGGUUCAUAACAAAUACCAGAAGACCAUCGCCUUGUACACUCGAGAUAUCGAGGACCUACGACGAGAGAUCGAGGAGCGUGACUAUGCGAUAGGUGAUAAGGAGAAACGAAUCCAGGAGCUUCAACGGAAGAAUCAGGAACUCGAAAAAUAUAAGCAGGUCCUAAAUCAUAAAAUUUCAGAACUCAAAGCGCAAAUCGAACCUCGGGAACGCCAAAUCAAAGAGAAGCGAAACCAAAUUGUCGAAAUGGAGCGUGAGCUUGACGGUCUCCAACAGAAUAAUAUGCAACUUGACCUGCAGCUAAGUGAGCUCAAGGAUAAAUACCGAGCAGUGGAAAUUGAACUGCGAACAGAACGAUCACGCGCUCGUCAAGCACGCAAUCAUAUCGCCCACAUCUGUGGCGAAAUCUACCAAGUCUCCAAGGUCACAGAUCCUCGUCGUCUUGUGGAAGAUAUGAAAAAACUCUAUCACAAAUAUUCAGAUAGUGCAGAAUUGCAAAAAUCCAUGGCUUUGGACGCUGAAGUUGAAGCGGAAUUCCAAAGACAAAGGAAUCACGUUGAGAAGGUGUCAGCUGUAUGUAAGUCGAAGAUUGGCCGGAAGAAUGAAUCGGCUACGAUUACCAAAUUGAUUAAUGAAAAUGUUGUUCUGCUGGAAGAGCUAAAUAGUCUGCGUCAACAGUUGAAGGAAUCACAAAAGCAAAUUUUGAAUAUGGAAUCGCUUUUGGGAGUCGGCGGGAAGUCUACGUCGGCACCGCUGGCAAGGCAGAAGUUGGAGAAAGCUUUUACGGAUAUCGAAGAAAUGGAAAAGAAGCACAAAUUGGAAAUACAAUCACUGCAGAAACAAAUAGAUCUAUUGACUGAAGAAAAUCAAGCACUGCAUCAUGACCUUACGCUUAUGAAUCAACCAGGUAAGCCGCGAGUCGAGGUUGAUUGGGCUGCAACCGAAGAGGAUUGAGUUUUUUA